AUGUGGAAACGAUUUGUUGAUAUAAAUAAACAACGUUUAAUAUCAUCAAUACAAAUAUUUAAAAGAUUACAAUCAUCAACACAAUAUUAUCCUAUUAAUGAUGAUGUUUAUGGACUUACAGAUGAUCAAAAACAGUUACGAGAAACUGUAUUUGCAUUUACACAAAAAGAAUUAGCACCACAUGCUAAUAAUAUUGAUCGUGAUAAUUCAUUUCCUCAGCUUCGUGAAUUCUGGAAAAAACUUGGUGAUCUUGGCCUUUUGGGUGUUACAGCACCUGUUGAAUAUGGUGGUUUGGGUUUACAUUAUACAGAACAUUGUAUUGCUAUGGAAGAAAUAUCACGUGCAAGUGGAAGUAUUGCUCUAAGUUAUGGUGCACAUUCAAAUCUUUGUGUUAAUCAAAUUGUUCGUAAUGGUAAUGAAGAACAAAAACAAAAGUAUUUACCAAAACUUAUUAGUGGCGAGCAUUUUGGUGCUUUAGCUAUGUCUGAACCAAAUUCAGGUUCCGAUGUUGUUUCAAUGAAAUUACGCGCAGAAAAAAAAGGAAAUAAUCUAAAUUCCUAUCCGCAGUAUUAUGGACCGGCAACAUUGAUUGGUUUACCGAAUAAUUCAAAUCAAGGACCAUCGUCUAUUCAAGGUUCAUUAUAUCAACAACAAAAUUAUCAACCGAUAACUAACGAACGAAAUAUUAAUAAUCCUUCAUCUUUUAAACUAUAUGAUUUUGGUCGAAAUAAUCGAUGUGAUAUAAUAGAUUUUAUAUUUUCUUUUGUUAAUGUAUCAUUUAGUGAUAAACGUAUAAAAAAAGAUGAAUGGAAUAGAGUUAAAAAUCUAAUACCUAUUCAACAAUUACCUAUUUUACGUAUUAAUAAUCAAUUAAAAAUCUAUGAUCUUAAUGUAAUUAUACGUUAUUUAGCACGAGAAUUUAAUUUAUAUGGUUCAAGAAAUGAUGAACAUGCUAUUGUUGAUAUGAUUCUUGAAUUAACACGUCAAUUUCAAGAAAAAUUUUUUGAACAAAUUAAUAAAUCAAUAAAUAUUGAAGAACAACAACAAAAAAUACUUUUAACUCAAUUUAUUACUGAUCAUUCAACAAAUUAUUUAAAUCAAUUAGAAAAAAGUUAUGAAAUAUUUCAUUAUAAUGGUCCAUUUUAUUUAGGUUCACAAAUUUCAAUAGCUGAUUUAAUUGUUUAUCAAACAAUUAGUUAUUUAAUUAAUAUUGAACCAAAAUUACUUGAUAAUUAUCCUAAUUUAAAACAAGCACGUUCUUAUUUAGAAAAAUAUCCUCAAUUAACUAAUUAUUUAAAGAAAAAAAAUUUUAAAAUAAAAAACAAACGUCAUAAAACUGUACCACCAACAUUACGUCAAGUAGAUCAUCAUCAUCGUCGACAUCGAUCAUAUGAUGAACAUAAAUCUUCUCCUCGUCAACAACCGAAAGAACCAACAUCUCCAUUAAAAUCAAAAUCAUCUAACUCUCAAUCGAUUGAAAAAAAUCCAACACCUCCUUUACAAAAAACAGAAGAAUCAAAUUUAUCUAGUAAUCAAUCAAAAAAAGAAGAAGAACCAAUAUCUUCAUCACAAACAAUUGAAGUUACAUCAUCAUUAUUAGAUGUUAUUCAAGAAAAAUCUGAAUCUUUUGAAAAUUAA